UAUUGAAUCUAAGCUGAGGAUGGAAGUUGUGGAACUUAAAGAAAAAUGGCAAGAUGAAGAUUUUCCAAUACCUUUACCAGAGGAUGAUAGUGUGGAAGCAGAUAUACUAGCUGUAACUGGACCAGAGAGCCAGCCUGAAGUUAAUGGAAAUAAAGGAAGAAAGAAAUUCACCACUCCAGACAUUAGCCUGACCCUGGAUCCUAGCGAUGGCUCUGUGCUGUCAGAUGAUUUGGAUGAAAGUGGGGAGAUUGACUUAGAUGGCUUAGACACGCCAUCAGAAAACAGUAAUGAAUUUGAGUGGGAAGAUGAUCUUCCAAAACCCAAAACUACUGAAAUUUUUAGGAAAGGCUCAAUUACUGAAUACACAGCGGCAGAGGAAAAAGAAGAUGGACGAGGCUGGCGUAUGUUCAGAAUUGGAGAACAGGACCACAGGGUCAAUAUGAAGGCAAUUGAACCCUAUAAAAAAGUUACUGGCCGUGGAGGAUGUUAUAGGGAUGGAGUAAGUGCCAUUGUUGUGUUUGCUGUCUGUUUUAUGCCUGAAAGUGGUCAACCUAACUAUAGAUACCUGAUGGACCAUCUCUUUAAGUAUGUUAUUGGCACUUUGGAGCUGUUAGUAGCAGAAAACUAUGUGAUAGUUUAUUUAAAUGGUGCUACAACUCGAAGAAAAAGGCCCAGUCUGGGAUGGCUCAGGAAAUGCUACCAGCAAAUUAAUAGAAGUUCACGGAAAAACCUAAAAUCACUAAUCAUUGUACAUCCCUCAUGGUUUAUCAGAACACUUCUAGCUGUCACAAGACCCUUUAUUAGCUCAAAAUUCAGCCAAAAAAUUAGAUACGUCUUUAAUUUGGCAGAACUAGCAGAACUUGUCCCCAUGGAAUAUGUUGGCAUACCAGAAUGCAUAAAACAAGUUGAUCAAGAGCGUAAUGGAAAACAAGAUGAACCGAAGAGAGAACAGUUAAGUUUGGCGUCUAGUCCAAACAAGACUGAAGAAUGUGCUGAUGAAGCAGAGCUCUUUUUUGCAUUUAUAAUGCAUUUACUGGCCCUGAUUUUUACGUAACCUGUUACAAAAU